AUGAUUAUGUUUCCUCUUUUUGGGAAGACCUCUCUGGGUUUUUUGAUAUUUGUCCUGGUAAAAGUAAACCUUUCAUCAUUAACAGCGCAAACCUACUUACCUUUUGAGGAGAUCCAAGAACCCAAGAGUGCAUUUUCUUUUCUCCUUACGGACUCGGAACCCACAGAUUCUUCUCCAUCUACUGAAAAGAAACAGCCUCUGGACCACAGAGAAGUUGAGAGACAAUGGUUGCUCAGAAGAAGGCGAUCUCUGUUUCCUAAUGGAGUAAAAAUCUGCCCAGAAGAAAGUGUUACAGAGGCUGUGGCAAAUCAUGUGAAGUAUUUUAAAGUCCGAGUGUGUCAGGAAGCUGUCUGGGAAGCCUUUAGAACUUUUUGGGAUCGCCUUCCUGGACGUGAGGAAUAUCACCACUGGAUGAAUUUGUGUGAGAAUGGAAUCACAAGUAUAUUUGAAAUGGGUACAAAUUUUAGUCAAUCUAUGGAACAUCAAAGCUUAAUCAUGAAGAAAAUGACUUACAUAAAGGGAACUGUAACCAGCCCUGAAUUGUCAUCUCCAGUUCCUGUUGAAGAUACCUCAACAUUGGGAGGUGCUCCUCUCAGUGUUCAAUAUCCAGGUGUGGCUUCCUAUGAAGGUACCUCAGAGAGCAGCUUGGAAAGACCUGAGGAGAGUAUUAGCAAUGAGAUUGAGACUGUGGUAGAGGAGCCCACCAAACCAGCAGCUGAGCAGAUUGCAGAAUUCAUCAUCCACCUUUCGGGGAAGCAGUACAGUGAAGAACUGCAGGAUCCUUCCAGCAACCACCACAAGCACCUUGUAGAAGAGUUUAUUUCAGAGGUUGAAAUUGCAUUUACUGGAUUACCAGGCUAUAAGGACAUUCGUGUGCUUGAAUUUAGGUCCUCCAAGGAAAACGACAGUGGUAUUAAUGUUCAUUAUGCAGUUACCUUCAAUGGUGAGGCCAUCAGCAACACCACCUGGGACCUAAUUAGCCUUCACUCCAACAAAGUUGAAAACCAUGGACUUGUGGAAUUGGAUGAUAAGCCCACUGCUGUUUAUACAAUUAGUAACUUCAGAGAUUAUAUUGCUGAGACACUGCAUCUGAACUUUUUGUUGGGGAACUCCUCCUUGAAUCCAGACCCUGAUUCCCUUCAGCUUAUCAAUGUGAGAGGAGUUAUGCUUCCCCAAACUGAAGACCCAGUUUGGAACACCCAAAAGUCUAGUCUUCAGGCAACCACGCCAUCUAUUCUGGCUAAUACCCUUCAAGCUGAACGGCCCUCAGCAGAUGAAUCUACCACCAGCAGUAUUUCAUCAUUUGAUUUCAGCUCUGAUCCCUCCACCACUGGCAGGGAGCUCUGGUCAGAAAGCUCUUUGGGUGAUAUAGUAUCCACACCCAAAUUAGCCUUUCCCAUGAAGGAGGACCUCAGUUCUUCCUCAGACAUUUUAGAGGUUAGCAGCUUGACUCUUCAUUCUGUCACCCCAGCAGUGCUUCAGACUGGCUUGCCUGUGGCUUCUGAUGAAAGGACUUCUGGAUCUCAGUUACUAGAAGAUGGAUUAACCAAUGUUGAAGUAUCAGAAGAUUAUUUUUCUGUUAAUCCAUUGACAUCAAGUCCAUUCACUCAUCAUGUGCCAAAAGAAACAAUACCACCCAUCAAAGACUCUGAGAUGCUUUUGACAUCCUCACCAUAUCUGGCGUCCCCUGCCACGUUAGAUCUUCUUGCUGAAGAAAUAACCACACCCUUUGGCUUAGAUUCUGUGUCCUCCAAAGUCAAAGACCAAUUAGAAGUGAGGACUUUGCAGCCAGACACAUACAUGGAAAAAGAAUUUAUAUUUGAGAGUGAUUUAGGUUCAGGGUCUGGGCAAAAUGUAGAUCUGAUUACUUGGCCAUGGAGUGAGACUUUAUUAGAGAAGAGGACUGAACCACUCUCCAAGUCAUGGCUUGAAGAUGAAGAUUCCUUUUUGCCAACUGAGAGUAUAGAUGAUAAACUAGUUAUAGAUGACAAAAUAGGUUCAACAGAUCAAAUUAUUGAGCAUGCUUCAAAAGAUGGGCAAGAUGAUAGACCCACAAACCUUACAGAAGAACAACUCCUUGAUGGACCUACUGUACCUGUUUUUUCAGAGACCACAAUCCAAUCUCUGUCUCUAAUUCUCUCCAAGAAUACAUCAAAAGUACCUAACACUGAAUAUGAGUCAGUUACUAAAGCACCUCUUCUGCUGGCAUCUACAGAGAUCUCUGCCUCUACAGAUACACCAAAUCAAACAGACUCUGUCCUAACAGAGGAUAUGGAACAGAUUUCAGGGUCAUCCAGUCAUGAAUGGUUUGACAGUGAGGUUUCAUCAGUGAAGCCAGACAUGCAAUCUUUGUGGACUACAUUGCCAGAAUCAGAUGUAGUUUGGGCAAGAACUUCUUUCCUAGGGAAAUUGUCUAGUGACACGUUGGCAAAUACAACACAGAGCACGGACAAGCUCUGGUUGAAAGCUUCCAUGACACAGUCUACCAAAUUGCCUCCAACUGCAAGCUCCACCCAACUGGAGGAUGAAGUAAUUAUGGGCGUACAGGAUAUUUCAUUAGAACUGGACCGGUUAGGCACAGAUUACUACCAGCAUGAGCUAACCCAGGAAGAAAAUGGCAAGAUUGGUAGUUACGUGGAAAUGUCUACAAAUAUUCACUCCACAGAAAUGGCUAUCGUGGCUCGAUCCACAAAAGUAGCUGACUCUAGUCGUACUCAGACAGCAGGAGCUUUGGUGGUUUUCUUCAGCCUCCGAGUGACUAAUAUUAUGUUUUCAGAAGAUUUGUUCAAUAAGAACUCUUUGGAAUAUAAAGCCCUGGAGGAAAGAUUCUUAGAAUUGCUGGUCCCCUAUCUCCAGUCAAAUCUCACAGGAUUCCAGAACUUGGAAAUCCUGAACUUCAGAAACGGUAGCAUUGUGGUGAACAGCCGAAUGAAAUUCGCCAGGUCUGUACCUGCUGAUGUCAACAAUGCUGUAUACAUGAUUCUGGAAGACUUUUGCACCACUGCCUACAAAACUAUGAACUUGGCUAUUGAUAAAUACUCCCUUGAUGUAGAAUCAGGUGAUCAAGCCAACCCUUGCAAGUUUCAAGCCUGCAAUGAAUUUUCUGAGUGUCUGGUCAACCCUUGGAGUGGAGAAGCAGAGUGUAGAUGCUACCCUGGAUACCUGAGUGUGGAAGAGCUGCCCUGUCAGAGUGUUUGUGACCUACAGCCUGACUUCUGCUUGAACGAUGGAAAGUGUGACAUUAUGCCUGGGCAUGGGGCCAUUUGUAGAUGCCGAGUGGGCGAGAACUGGUGGUAUCGAGGUGAACACUGUGAGGAAUUUGUGUCAGAACCCUUGGUGAUUGGCAGUACCAUUGCCGUUGUGGGUGUACUGCUCCUUGUCUCUUCUGCUGUCAUCCUCUUCCUGAUCAGGACUCUUCAAGCUCAGCAUGUUAGGAGAGAAAGAGAGAUGCCUUUCUGUGGCUCUAGCAGGCAGCCUGAUAGCCUCUCAUCCAUUGAGAAUGCUGUGAAGUACAAUCCCAUGUAUGGAAGUCACACAGCUGGAUGUGAGCAGUAUGAGGGACCCUAUCCCCAGCGUCCUUUCUAUAACUCUGCUAGUGGAGAAUUGAUUAGUGGUCUGAGCAGGGAGGAAAUCAGAGAGAUGAACAAGAACAGCGAGCUUUCUAGAGAGGAAAUUCAAGAAAGAAUGAGAAUUUUGGAACUAUAUGCCAAUGAUCCUGAGUUUACAGCUUUUGGAAGAGAACAUCAAAUGUAA